UGGCUGGCGAAGUUUAGUCAUGUCUGGACAAUGACCGAAAUGCGGAAGGAACACGUGAAGCAGCCAGGCAUCAGAGAACGGCCCGGGCCGGAGCACUUAACACUGCCGGGAAUCGAUAGCCGGCCCAGUAUUGACUCUGCCGCCCUGAGCGAUGUUCCCAGUGAUGUUAUCAUCAAGUCCAGGAUUCGAUAUGGAAGCACUCUAUCCGCCUGCAAAGGCCUACUAAUGGAGUACGCUAAAAGCUCUUCCAUUCAUGGCAUCCGCUACAUCUUUGAGGUCCACAGACCCAUCUACGAAAAGGUCUAUUGGCUGUUUUUCACUUGUGUUUCGGUGUUUUUCGCCUUUGCUCUUAUUAGGAGUGCCUACUUUAAGUGGAAAUAUUCUCCGGUUAUUCUAGGCUUUGAUGAGACUCUGGUGCCAGUGCAUAAGAUACCCUUUCCGACCAUUACUGUCUGCCCGGAAAGCAAAAUAGACCAUUUUGUUUUCAACUAUACGGAUGUUUCUCGCAAGUUUUUGGAGGAGUACAAAACUCACGGCAAUAUUAGCAAUCUCAGCGAUGAAGACUUAUCAUAUAUGGCGGCCGCAAUGCACAUCUGUGACCCGGAGGUUGUUCAGCGAUUUAGUCCUUUGCUCUCAGAACUGAAUCCUCCAUACGUGGACGUAACCCAGACCCUGAUCGAUCUAAGUAUACCAAAGAAUGUGACUGGAUCGUUUUGCACAUGGAAUGGACGAUUCUAUCUCUUUGAAAAUAUACUCGAUAUCGUGGUUACGGAUGAGGGUAUUUGUUACCAGUUCAACGGGAUGCAUCCCAAGGAUAUUUAUCGGGACGAGAAGUAUAUCAGCUAUGUCGACCCAGAUAUAGUGGAUUUCAACAACUACAUCAAGAUGGAGGUACCUGCCUGGAACGAGAUAACUGGAACAUGGUCCCUGGAAACCGGCUAUCUGAAUCAGGGCCAGAAUGCGUAUCCCCAGCGAACAGCGUACUCAUCGGCGAAAAAUGGGUUUUUUGCCUUCGUGAAGGGCUUGCAGCACAAUUUUGACUACGACUGUCGCAGGUUUAAGAAGGGCUACAAGGUCUUUUUCAAUUCCCCCGAGAGCGUCCCCCUCACGUCCGCUAAUUACAUUCUGGUGUCCCAUGGCGAUGAGGUCCUGGUCCGUUUACUGCCCUCUUAUGUAAUGUCAACUGAAAGCUUACGAGAAAUUCCUCAAGAUCAGCGUAAAUGCUUUUUUAAUUAUGAGCGCGAGUUGCGAUUCUUCCGAACCUACUCGCAAAACAAUUGCCAAACCGAGUGCCUAGCUAAUUUCACAGUUUCCAGGUGCGGUUGCGCCAAGUUCUGGAUGCCAAAGCCCGAGGAUACUCCUGUUUGUGGAUUGAAUGACAUCGCCUGCUAUACUGCUGCUCAGGACGAGCUGUACGCCCUCCAUUACAACCAAUCGAUGACCAAGAACGUUAAGGAUAAAGUUGAAAUGAUGUGCAACUGCUUGCCAGCCUGCACAUCGCUCGAGUAUAACUUUGAGAUAUCAAAAGCCAAAUACGAUGUGGGCAAGGUAGUCAGAUCAUUUCGAGAGGAGUAUGAGGAUAUGGGUAUUGGAACACGAAUUGUGGUUUACUUCAAGGAACAGCAGUUUACUGCCAAUAUAGUUUACAUACGCACUACACUGUUUGGUGUCUCAACCUUGAUUUCCAAUUGCGGUGGUAUCUUCGGUCUAUGCAUGGGAAUCUCUUAUUUCAGCUUUCUGGAGCUGAUAUACUUCUUUUGCAUGCGAAUCUGCGGAAGCUUUCGCGAUCGUCGGAAGAACAAGAUACAUCAGAUCCCGAGUGCAACGAACGACAUGGCCGACAAAGCCACGGCUUGGAUCAGGAUGGAUGGAGUCAAGGGAUGGUUGGCGAUGGUGAUGGUGACGGGGUGA